AUGGAAAACUACGAGAAGAUUGAGAAGAUAGGAGAGGGUACCUAUGGUGUCGUCUACAAGGCCCGAGACCUAAACUACAAUAACCGUAUCGUGGCACUAAAGAAGAUUCGACUCGAAGCCGAAGAUGAGGGCGUCCCGAGCACUGCCAUCCGAGAAAUAUCACUGUUGAAGGAAAUGAACGACCCGAAUAUUGUCCGCUUGUUUGAUAUUGUGCACGCAGAUGGCCACAAACUAUACCUUGUCUUUGAGUUCCUCGACCUCGAUCUCAAAAAGUACAUGGAAGCGCUUCCAGUCAGCGAGGGAGGCCGUGGGAAAGCUCUCCCAAACGGCUCCGGGGGCACAACAAUGAACCACAUGGGUCUGGGAGAAGCCAUGGUCAAGAAAUUUAUGGCACAACUUGUGGAAGGCGUUCGUUACUGCCACAGCCACCGAAUUCUGCACCGCGAUUUGAAGCCUCAGAAUCUGCUCAUUGACCGGGAAGGCAACCUCAAACUGGCCGAUUUCGGUCUUGCGCGCGCGUUCGGUGUUCCUCUGCGAACAUAUACCCACGAGGUUGUCACAUUGUGGUACCGAUCCCCAGAGAUUCUCCUCGGUGGACGUCAGUACUCUACUGGCGUCGAUAUGUGGUCUGUCGGAGCUAUUUUCGCAGAGAUGUGCACUCGCAAGCCACUCUUCCCAGGCGACUCGGAGAUUGACGAGAUCUUUAAAAUCUUCAGAUUGCUCGGAACGCCUGAUGAGCACACAUGGCCCGGCGUGUCCUCUUUCCCCGAUUUCAAACCUUCGUUCCCCAAAUGGAAACGCAGUCCCUACGCUCUGGUCUCUGGAUUGGAACCGGCUGGUCUGGAGCUGCUGGAAAUGCUUCUCGAAUACGAUCCGGCACGUCGCAUCUCAGCCAAACAAGCGUGCGCACACCCGUACUUUGCCCAGGGCACUGAAUACUACUCUGGCCGCACUCGCGUCCCUAAAAUAUGCGAUGAGAUGCACCUCCUGUCGAGUUGUCGGUAUCACCAUGGAUUAAAAUUCUGGGGAAGACUUGCCAAUUCUCUGCUUUCCCCGCGCUUCGAACUGGCGGCGCGUCGCGUCCUACGUUUCCAAAAUCGAACAUUUGCUUCGGUUUCGCCACCUGCUCUGGUCGAAGAUGUCGUUGAAGUACCUGUCGGGGGAAAUGGUUCGAUUACACUUACUGUACUCAGACCAGCAACGGAAAAUGCCAAAUACAAUUCCAAAGUGAUAUUAUAUCUGCCUCGAGGACCGAUUUUCCAAGACGAGUCUACGUUGAAUACCAACGAUUCUUCAAGGACGACUGAUUACUUUCCUGCGGAUCAUGACAUUGAAGUGAGCAGUCCAUUCGGGGGCGCGCUCUCCACGGCGCAAGAAGUGAUGACUGCAGUCACGGAAGCAAGUAUUGUCACAUUGAAUUAUCGAGUAGGGUAUACGUAUGCUGGUGCAAGAACUGCAGCAGAGGAUAAGGAUAAGGACAAGAAUCGCAAUCGCGUGUUACACAGAUACCCAACGCCGGUUCAUGAUACGCUGGCUGGACUGGACUGGAUAUUGCGCACACUGCGUCCUGAACAGCUAUUUGUCUUCGGCUCAAAUAUUGGAGGAUCGCUGGCUACCAUGCUAGCAUUGACAGAGUCCGAACACAUACACGCUAUUGCAGCGCAUGAACCCGUCUGCGACUGGACGGGUCUGGAUGAUUAUUGUACCAUCGAUCAACGACUUUCAGAAACUGAAAGUGGUGCUAAUAAUAACCAAGGUGAGGAUAUGAGUCUUAAGGAUAUCGAACAAAAGCAGCGAUAUUUUGUUUGCCAACCCGUCCAGAAGAAGCAGACUUUGAGGCAGAGGAAAAAGACGGCGCCAUCUGAUCUUGUACCGCUGCUACAAACGAGAGAGUAUUUGUUCAACACUCCAUCCAAGUAUUUCGACGCAUUUGCAUCACCCAUGCUGUUUCUACGCUCUGCCGGUAAAGACGUCCCGAAAAUAAUCCCAAAAUACCUCACAGGACCCGAAUAUCCUACUCCCGUCUUGAAGAGUCCGCCAGCUGCCGAAGACGUUAUGGAUCUAUGGGAUAUUCACAUGCAACCGGAAGACGAAAUAGCAUCAUCAACCGAAAACUUGGGCCAGGAAGAGGAGCGAGAGCGACCUUCACGCCGUCGAAAGGCGCUCUCGCGUUGGCCGCCGUACGGGUUAGAUCAUGGCAAUGCUAACGGCAGGGGUUUUAGCAGAGCUACUAGGCUCCAGAUCACUCUACCACAUGUGAAGCUUUUCGCUCGGUUGGGCUCUACUCCUUCUGAUCCGAGAUGGAAUGCCGCCGUAACAGAUCCAGGGAUGCUUCAUCCAAACCACACACCAAGCCUGAGGAAGUUGGCAUUGGACAAUAACAAUAACAACUCGGUCCUGGGAAUGCAAGCUAAAGAUAUGGUGUCUGUUAUGCGUCGUGCCUGUUUCUGGGGAAAAGAAGCUGGGAAUGGUGAAGAGAGAGUGACCCUGCGUAGUCUGCCCCAAAGUCAAAGUCAAACAGGCGCUACGCACCUGCAGCAACUGACUGAUCCCAAUUAUCUCGAGACUGUCUACGAAAGCGCGAAUUGGUUCAGGGACUUGAUGCAUUCCAAUGGCUAG